AUGGUGAAGGCAUCAUCAAGUACCAAGACCGGUCUCCGGACUGAUCCGGAAGCCAUCGAGCGUAGACGGAUGCAGAAUCGUCUCGCACAGCGCAAAAGAAGACUCAAACGUGCGCAGAUUGCAAGAGAAGAGAAGGAAAGACAACAACGUCUUCAAGCAGCCCAAGCAGCAUCCCAGCUCACCUUUAUCAACGAUGGGUAUCAUCUAUCUCUCAACCAACCGCCAGUCUAUCACACCCAGCAACCGAAGGUUCUCCCCCCGGUUGCGAAUAAUUACUUUGAUUAUACACCGCCUCAGUUUGAGGAUGUCUUCUCUUCAUCUCCAUACUAUCCGCAUACUCCUAUACCGCCAUUUGAGACAGAUCCAUCAUUUUUCGUCAAUGGAUAUCCCUCACCAUCAUUAUCACAUGCGCCAUCCACGCCACCACUGAGUCUAUAUACACCCAGUCUCAUAGACGAGGAUUUGUCCAACAGUAUAAGCACUAGCAACGCCAACACUGGUAAUAUAGAUCUUGAUCCGAACCUAUAUCUGAGCUCAUCCGCUGGUGUCGUGUCUCCCAACGCCAAGGGACAGCACCCCUGGGAUGCAUUUGGACUGAUGCCAUUGCAGCCAGUGCCAUCACCAGUCUUGCAGGCGGAUAGGCAUCGAUCGACUUCUCUCCCUACCCCGUUUACUCCUCCACGGUCCGUUCCGUCUUUAUCGUCACCACCAGUACCAAAUAUUACGAGGAACCGGGCACCUACUACACCAAAUAUUAUGCAAGGGAAGAGCAUCGCCUCUCCCAACAACAAUAUGAAUAUGCACAUGAGAAUUAACGGUCUCAACCUCUUCAACACAAGCAUCGAUACCAGCGCUCAUGCCGCCUCUAGUGCUGCUAUCAGCACAACCAACAAGACAGGCCUCCACAUCUGCGCUGAACAAGGCAACGCCCACGCCGUGCACCUCCUUCUAGGCUAUGGCGCGGACAUAAAUGCCGUCGACGAAUACGGGCGUACACCACUCCACUACGCCGUCCAAAACAAGCAUAUCGACAUUGUAAGACUACUAGUUGAGCGAGGCGCAACGACCACCAUUGCAGACAUCAACGGCGCGAAUCCAAUGCAACUUGCGGCUGAUUCUGGGUCUGAAGAAAUGACGCAGAUGAUGCACAUGAUGAUUAUGAUGACGCCGCCUGUGAUGGUGCCAGGAGCGCACGAAAUCAAUAUGAACUCCGGACUUGUUGUGUCGAAGUAG